AGCACCUUGUCCUCGAAAAGAUUUCAGUCGCGAUUUCUUUCAAUCCAAAGAGAUUCGUCUUUCUGCGCACUUUCAUUCUGAUUUCCUUCAUUCAUGUAAAGCAAUGCUGCCUCGCAAAGUGGCUCAUAAUGUGGGAAAUUCUGCAGUAUUUCGUACCUCUGACAUAGCCAUAACCGAAGAUGUCACAUUUGAAGGGUUGUUAUUGUCGGACGAUGUCCUGAAAGGGCUUCAGAAUUCGGGGUUCGUCAAACCCUCGCCCAUCCAGCUCAAGUCCAUUCCACUGGGAAGAUGUGGUUUAGAUUUAAUUGUCCAAGCCAAAGCUGGAACUGGCAAGACGUGUGUUUUCACUGUGGUUGCUUUAGAAGCACUACAGAUCAACAGCCCAGCUAUCCAGGUCCUUGUCUUGGCUCCAACUCGUGAGAUUGCAUUCCAAAUAUGGCAGGUGAUAACCAGUAUUGGUAGCUGUGUAACUGGCCUCAAGUGUGCCACUUUCAUUGGUGGCUUGUCUGUAACUGAUGAUAAGAAUAAUCUGAAGAUCUGCCAUAUAGCAGUUGGAACUCCUGGAAGAAUUAAGUUCUUGAUUGAAAAAGGCUACCUGAGAACCAAAAGUAUUCGUUUGUUUGUCCUUGAUGAAGCUGACCAGUUAUUAGAUGAACAGUUCCAAGCAGACAUUAAUUGGAUAUAUUCAGUUUUGCCUGAAAAUAAACAGAUGCUUGCUCUGUCUGCAACUUAUCCGGAGUACCUUGCCAAACACUUGAUGCAUUACAUGCGGAACCCUACCUAUAUCAGACUCAAUACAUCACACUUGGCUUUGUUAGGUAUCAAACAAUAUUAUUUGAAGAUCCCCUACCACCCACUUGUGCAAAAAGUUGCUGAGUAUAGUGCAAAAGCAGCUAUUAAGAUUCUCUCUUCAGUAGUGUUUAACCAGUGUCUUGUAUUCUCAAACCUUCAAUCUGGCGCUCAGAGUUUGGCAGUUCAACUGGAAGAACAAGGUUGGCCAACUUGCUGUAUUGCUGGUUCUUUAGAUCAGAAAGAACGUAAUGAAGCAAUGGCUAGUUUGAAAUCAUUCCAGUGCCGUGUUUUAGUCUCAACUGAUUUGACUUCACGUGGAAUUGAUGCUGAGAAUGUAAAUCUUGUGAUAAACUUAGACUUGCCAAAAAAUCCCAGAGUGUAUCUUCAUCGUAUUGGGCGUGCUGGUCGAUAUGGGAGCUAUGGUGCUGCAAUAACUUUGGUUGCUGGAGAUGUUGGCAUGAAAUGUCUGAAAAAGGUCGAGAGUGUUUGUAAUACAUCUCUGAAACCACUUCCAGAUCCUAUACCACAUGAACUUAUAUCGGAAAAGAGCUCUUCUCCAAAUGUUUCUCUGGAUGAUCUUGUUCUCUCAGAAACCAUUCCAACUAAGCAAGACAGAAAUUGUAACAACCUGGACACAGAAUCUUCUUUAACAUCUGUAAAAAAUUUCUCAGAAAACAAUCCUGUAAAGUAUUCCAAUCAUUCUGAUAAACUUAAUAAUCAUCCAGUGAUUCCAUCCCCAGAAAUAGAAAUGAAAUCAAAUUCUGAUCAAGAAUUACAGCAUUACUUUUCUGACCAAAAUUCCGGGUAUGUCCACUUGGAAACAUCCACGGGUACAGCUUUAUUUGAAGCAGAGAAAACUGGAAACAAAGACAUAAAAACAAAGGAAACUCGUGAAAGAUCUAUUAAGCACAACAACCAGUGUGAUGACAAGAUGUCUAUAGAACUUUCAGAGUCAUCUGAAGUGAGUGAGGGUAACAAUAAUGCGUCUGAAGAAGCUAAAAUUGAAAUAUUUAAGGUAUGUGAAAAACAAGAUAGCUCAAAUGUUUCUGAUGAUAUUUCAUUGAAAUAUGACCAGUGGAACCAAGGUGGACUUAGUCUAGAUACAUUGAAUGAUACUGAGAGCCAUGAACAAAAACCCGAGCCUAAAAUUGCAUCAGCAAAUGAUGUUCUAUUUCAUGAACAGACACACUAUGAUAUUGUUAAAUCUACAGGAGACCAAGAUGAGUGCCAUUCACACAGAGACCUGACUGCUGUCAUUCCAACAGAAAGCAAUGAGGUCCACCAACAAGAACUCAGUCAUGUUGCCAAGGCAACGAUUACUGCUGUCGAUAGUCACAUAGAGAAACCUGAUACUUGUGCAACGUCAACAGAAAAUAUUGAUGAACUUCUUGUAGAAGAACAUAUUUCAGAUGUUUCUUGUAUUAGAGCUACUAAUGGUACUCACCAUGUUUUAUCAGUAGAUGCAGACAAUAACCACCACCAAGCAUCUAUGUCACAAAAAUCCACAAGCUCCUGUUUGAACAAUCAAGUCGAUGGCCUUUGGCCUUGGGGAACAAUUCCUCAGUACAAGAAAUCAAAAGAAGUUGGUGAAUAUUCUGAACUUUGUAAAAAAUUCAAGUCUUUCCAAAUUAAUGACAAUGAGCCUAAGUGUGAAAAUAUAGAAUCUCUUAUGCCUACAACUGCUCCUUUAUGCUUGGAAUCGGUCCCAAAUGUAAGUAGCAUACUGAACAAAUUUUACAGACAAUCUUCAGCCAAACUGCUGAAUGAAAUUUAUGAUAACCAACCUAUCUCUUCCAGUAAGCAGCAAAAUCAGAACAAUGUCAACAACAAGGAUAAUAUCUCAGAGCCAAAAAUGUUGUCAGCAGAUGGUGAAGAAGCAUCCUCUGUGGUGUUGCCUGUAAAUGCUGUGACAAAUGUGCAGUGUGCUGAAGAGAACCUUUCCAAAGAUGAUUGCAUUACUGAUGAUGCUAAAACAUUGGUUAAUAAGGGUGAAAGACAGCGUUACAAUUUAGUCUUCGAGAAAACUAAUACUUCUUCCAAAUUGCAAGUUUCUUUAAAAAGAGAUGAAGUCAGUGGUGAACUUAGUCCAAAUGAUUCUGUAUCUAAAAUCAAAACUGAGAAUCACAAGACACCACGCAAUGCAGGCUCUUUGAGGUCUAAGCCAAUUGAUGUGCCACAGAAGUUUGUUCCUGUAAAGAAUAAGAGCAACAACUUGAAAUUUGGUUCGGUCCAUGUGCAACCUGAUCGACUAAAGGAGGACUUCUCUUUAAGUGAGGACAGUGAUUCUUCAACAACUUCAAAUAUUUCAAGUUCCUAUUCAGAAGAAGAUGACUUCUCUGAGUCUUCUUCAUCAUCAGAAUACAGUUUUUCUGAUUCUCUUUCUUCCAUAUCCUCAGAUGUAAGUGAGCCAUGUCACAAAACUUCUGCUGGUCACAACCCCAGUUUUCCAUGGCAAUCCCUGACUGGUUAUCCUUUAUUUUAUCCCUCAUAUCCCUAUCAUUAUACAUGGGCCAAUUGGAUGCCCCAAGCUUGUCAGUCAGUUUCACAAAGACCACCUGUGUUACCUGUUCCAAAUCCAUUUCACUCUCCUCCCACAAUUCCACCUGCUUCAUUAACUCGGCAACAAUUUGCUCAUUCAUAUUUUCAACAAUACAACUACAUUCAGUGGAUGGUUAGAAAUUCUGUUUUGCAGAAUAAAUAGACAUUUUUUCCUUCUCA